AUGAAGGCCAAAGCCUGUACGCGUUGUCGUCAAUGGAAAGUCGGCUGUGACGCCGACGUCUCCGGUCCACAAGGCUGCACGAGGUGUCGGGAACACGGCACCCCCUGCACUUUCGACCGGACUUUUCGGCGCACCGCCAAAAGGACAAAACUAGCAGAGAUGCAGAGUGAACUGGCCGAGCUAAGAAAAUUGGCCGCUGCUAAGAGUACCAGUACAGCAAAGGGCAAGGGCACUGCCACCGACCAACUGCCUGACAAAGCUACAGCUGCUGCAAAGGGGGCCCCUCCAGCUUCGCUAUCACCUACUCGUACUAACAUCUCCGCUGAAUCGUCGACCACUCCUGUCAUAGUUCCGGAUGGACCUCCUUGCCCACCAAUAAGCACAACAGACUCAGCAAUCUUGUUGGAUGGCUUGUGCAUCGCCGACAAGUACCUUGGCGACGUCCAACUGACGGCCUCGCAUGUCAACGAACUCUUCCGCAUCUACUUCACCCGGUGUCAUCGAUACCUUCCUUUCAGAAUCUGCAGAUCCAUCGAGGCCAUCUACGAGAGAUGCCCGCUGCUCUUUUGGGUCAUUUGCGCCGUGGCCUCGGCCGACACGGCACGGUCACAAUUCGAGGCGCCCGUCCGAUGUCUCAUCGCAGACGUCCUCGAUCCACACAAGAGCAGCACCGUCGAGAUGGUACAGGCUCUGCUGAUCUUGUGCAUGUGGCCAUUUCCGUUCGCCAAUCAAAAGACCGACUCUUCAUUCAUAUACAGCGGCCUGGCGACACAGAUCAGUCUUAGCAUCGGCCUGCAUCGGCCCGCCGUCGACGCCGGUUUCGGUCUCGACAACAACGAGGACACCACCGACCACCGCCACUACCAUGGUAAGGAUUACGAAGAGAUACGGAGAACCACGUGGUUGGCAUGCUUCAUCGUGGCCCAGAUACAAGCGAGCAGGCGUGGAGUCCCCGCGACGGUCGUGGCAGAUUACCCGCUGCUGUACUCGCUCGACAAUCCCGCGGUGCCGCCGGAACUCUCUCACCUCUGCUACAUUUCCCACCUCACCGUCGACGCGACCCACGCCCUCGGAGCCCGCGGGUCCAACUCUGCCGGACUGGUGGAACCGUCCGCUCGGAUCAGCCUGAUCAACGUCUUUGGCAAACAAUUCGACGACGUCCGGCGUCAGAGAUUUCCCCGGCCCAGCGACGUGGUCGAGAUAUUCUACUUGAGCUCGAGACUCCAGAUCUGGUCGUUUGCGCUUCACAACGACGUCCCCAUGACCGCGAACAGCGUCCAGAUCAUCUGUCAAGCGCGAGAGGAUGCGAUGAGAUUGAUCCAAAUCGCGUGCGAGAUGAAUCUGUCGCUCGUGCCUUUUUACACGCGAAGGUCAGUAUGCUACGCUGCCCUCCUGCUUUGUCGGAUCAAGUUGGGUCCGUACGGCUGGGAAGAUGACAUGAUCGAUCUCCACGUCGAAAGAGCCCAAGAAGCCCUGGGUGUGUCCGAGGGCCCCAAACUGUCUCAAUUCAUCGCUUUCGUCACGUCCCCGGACAACAAGGAAGCAUUUGUACAGGCAAGUGUGGAUAAAAGUUCACCACAUCGAUCACGUCUAGGUGCGUUUUUGGUGUUUGAUUUCCACCAGGUUUACAUGGAUAUUCAACAGUCUAGUAGUAUAUUGUUCUCUUCUGAUUUUUGGGACUUUGAGAAUUUACCUUGGACGGAGUUUCCAUAG